CUGUUGUAGAUGUCAACUUUUUAAUUAGUCCCUAAUUAGUAGUGAUUUUCAAAAUCCGUGCUAAAUUUUUACUAUGGAUAGUAAAGAUAUAAAUAAACAGGCAAAUAAAGUCGUUGAUUUGUUUCGAAAAUUUGCCGUAAUACCGACUUUGGUAAACGGUAAAGUAUUUUUAAAGAAUAAUUCAACUCCUAUUAUUCAUUCAACAUGGACUCAAAGAAAUUUAGAAACUGGUACAAAAAAUAAAUUUAAAAAGUUCUUUCUAUUGGACUCUACAACGCCAAUUGAAAUUUCUACUACAGAUGUUUCACGCGAACUUUUAUGUGCUACCAGUCCUUCUCGAAAAUAUACAGCCAUUUUACGAGAUGAUCAAAACAGUAAAGCUGAUAAACAAAUUUUAGAAAUAUGGGAUGAAAAGUCAAUGUUUAGAACCGUGGAUUUAGCUGCUUUGGAUUUACAUGGAAAUGUUUAUACAGAUGGUGAGUUUUAUACUUUCGAAUUUUCCCCAUGUGAAAAAAAAUUAGUUUACGUUGCGGAGGCGAAAGCACCGAAAACUGAAGCUUAUUAUAAACGAAAGCCAGUAAAAGAUCCUAAAUCCGAGUCAAAACCUGAAGAAUCCGAACCGAUAAAGGGCGAUGAAUAUGUUUAUCGUCAAGAGUGGGGCGAACAAUUAGUGGGAAAAAUUCAAUCAGUCAUAUGCAUUUACGAUAUAGAAAAUGACAAUGUAACUAUAUUAAAAGAUUUUCCAGAAAAUUUAUGUCCAGGUCAAGUGCAUUGGGAAAAAAAUGGAAACGGUUUCUUUGGUGUAGCAAUUAAUACCGUGCCCCGAAAAUUAGGUUUAAUUUUUUGCACAAAUAGGCCAUCGGAAAUAUUUUAUUUAGAUAAGGAAGGGAUUUAUAACCGUAUAUCCAAUUUGGAUAAUUCUGUUCGCUCUCCACGAUUACAUCCAAAUGGUAAAUAUUUAUAUUGGUUAGAACGAUUGCGGGAUGGUCCUCAUCAUAGCUGUGAAGCACUUAUGAAAUUGGAACUUCCAUAUCAACCUCAGACAAAACCACAAGUUAUUAUUGAAAUUGUAGACGAUGUAAAACAAUUGAAAAAUUCUAAAAACUUUUAUGGAAUAUACAGUCAUGAUUUACCAAACCGUUGCUUUUCAAAAGAUGGCAGACAAUUAAUUUUUUCUACAUCACAGCAGACUGAAAUUCUUAGUUAUAUCUUAGAUUUAGAAUCGAAUGAACUGCGGCAAAUUAUUUUACCAAAUUAUCCAAAUUAUAGCCAAACAGUUUUGGAUGUAAAUGAUGAUCUUAUAUUAUUCCAAGUGACUAAUAUUAAAAAUCCAGAUAUUCUAGUCUUUGGAAAAUUAUCAGAUAUUGGUGAAAAUGGGGAAUUAAAAAGUCUUGAGAUACAAAGUUAUGGAAUUAUUCCUGAAAUUCAUGAUUUUAAACUUGAAAAUUUAGAAUUCAAACAAAAUAAUGAUGAUGCAGUUACUGAAUUUAAUGGCAUUUAUUUCGGUCCAAAAGAAGCUUCAAAUGCAUCAACACCAUUAAUUCUCUAUAUUCAUGGUGGCCCACAUAGUAACUUUGUUAACUCGUAUGCUUUAUCAUUGGCUCUUCAUGCUAGUCUUGGUUUUGCAACGUUGUUGGUUAACUACCGUGGAUCAACUGGUACCGGGCAAAAGAGUGUAUAUUUUCUACCCUCGAGAGUAGGUCAAGCUGAUGUAGAAGAUUGUGUACUUGCAACUAAAGAAUGUGUACAAAAAUAUACGGAAUUAGAUCCAAAACGUGUCGGGUUGGUUGGUGGAUCUCAUGGUGGUUUCUUAGUGACACAUUUAAGUGGACAAUAUCCUGAUUUGUAUCGUACGGUUGUUGCGAGAAAUCCAGUUAUUGAUAUUGCUUCAAUGUAUAUUGUUUCUGAUAUACCUGAUUGCAGGUGUUCAGUUGAAGCUGGUACAAGUUAUACUCAAGUUGGUCCAAUUAGUGAAUCAUUGAUGAUCAAACAAAGAACAGCUUCACCUUUAGUACAUGCGCACAAUGUUAAAAUACCAACAUUAUUGCUCAUUGGAAGUAAAGAUUUACGAGUUCCACCUUCUCAAGGAGUUGAAUUUUAUCAUCGUUUAAAGGCAAAUGGUGUUGACGUUCGGAUGCAUAUGUAUGAAGAUAAUCAUAGUUUAUCGAAGGUACCUGUUGAAUUCGAUUCUCAAGUGAAAGGCAUGUUAUGGUUACUUGAACAUACAUCGUAAAUAUGUAAUUCGAUGAUAAAGAGGUCUUGUAAAUUCCGCUAGAAUAAUUUAGGAUAGUAAUGAGACGAGUGUUGUAUACUCUUAACUUUAAGGCCAGCAGAACAUUUACAGAACAUUCUUAGAAAUUCUGAUAAUAAUUUCAGAUAAAAUGUGGUAGACCUCAAAUCGACUUAUUUCUAUAAAAUUCUGAUAGUGUGAGGAUUUCUUGAAAAAAAAUUUCGU